AUUAUGUACGUAGUACAAGAGUUCAGUUCAGUUCGCCAUUAGUAUCGCCAUCGCCAUUGCAAAUUUUGCACAGAUUAGUGUACAAACAAGUAGUGUAUUGUCACAAGUCUCGAUCUUCCCGUGAUUUCUUGAAGUUCCAACUAUUUACGGUAACAUAAUUUCAAUGAAAUAUCACUUUCGUUGCCGAUAAAUUACGUUUACGUUUUCUUAAUCGUGUUUCCGUAAACGUGUUUAAUGGUCAUCUGUUCGUGGUAUACUACGACUGUAUUCCACUCCUUCGUUUGUCAAUGUUAUUUCUAUUCAGUAUCUUAUUCCCAUUUUAUGAAGUUUUAUGUUGAAACGAUCGGAAGAAGAAUUAGAAGAAACGAAUUUAUUUGACAUUAGUUACGUAAACUGCAAGGAUGCCGGUAGCAGAUGUAAAAUCCAGUUGGGCUGAUGAAGUUGAAGAAGAAGUAGCAGCAUUACCAUCACCGUCAGAAAUUUAUGAAAAUGGAUUCAAGGUUCUUACCGAGUACAAGUACAACCAAGACAAUAAAAAAGUCAAAGUUGUCCGUACGUAUAAAAUAGAAAAACGUAUAGUUUCAAAGACAAUUGCUGUACGUAAAAAUUGGGCUAAGUUUGGAGAUUCUGUGGAUGAUAGACCCGGACCCAAUCCUGCCACUACCGUCGGUGGUGAAGAUGUAUUUAUGCAGUUCAUAUCUAGCAAGGAAGAAGAAAAUAAGGUUGAGGAAGAUAAUCUUGAUAAAUUGAAAAACAUGGGUGACAAAGGCGUGGUUAAAUGCCGUAAUUGUAACGGAGACCAUUGGACUUCAAAGUGUCCUUAUAAAGAUACGGUUCUUGCUGGAGGAAAAGUACCGGAUGACAAGAAACCGCUUAUUAAUGCUGGCGCUCCCGGUGCAGUGGCCGAAUUGAAGCCUCAAGGUAGCAAAUAUGUUCCACCUAGUAUGCGCGACGGUGGCAAUAAACGAGGGGAUGCCAUGCAAAUGCAAAGACGCGAUGACAUCACUACCAUUCGUAUCUCCAAUUUAUCAGAAAGUACUACAGACGCAGAUUUGGAAGAGCUUGUUAAACCGUUUGGAACGGUGCUAAAAUUUUAUCUUCCUAAAGACAAGCAAACCAAUCUUUGUAAAGGAUUUGCGUACGUCCACUUUAAAUAUAGAGUGGAAGCUGCAAAAGCUAUUGCUACGCUCAAUGGUUAUGGUUAUGACCAUCUUAUUCUAAAUGUAGAUUGGUCAAAGCCGCAGACGCAAAAUAAUUAAAUGUGAUGAAAUAAAAAUUUAAAACCGGCUGUUUGGCGUUCGUACUCUUAAUUGUAACACCAUAUGCAAAAUACAAUCAAGUAUUUAAUAUAUUAGGGGGACCGGAAAGUAAUGUCGUUUCUGCGCAUAUUUAUCUGUUUGAAUUUAAUGUAAACAAACGACAUAACUUUCCGGUCCACCUAAUAAAUUCUUAAUACCUUAUGAAAGAAAGCUAAGGUAUAUUUGGUCGAAUAUUGAUAGUAUUAAUAUAAAUAUGUUAAUUAGAUGUGACCAACUCUUUCUAUAUAAGUCUUUUGCUUGUGGUGUUACAAUUUCUUGUCAGUUUAAUUAAAAAAUGUACUAUUUACUAUUUUAUAAAUAUAAAGUGGCAAUGUAUCUAUUACAUCAAUUUGUAUUUCUAGCAUUCUUCUGCUUGAAAAUAAAUCAUAUGCCGUAA